AUGGCGGCCUCCAACGACUUAAUUGACUUCGACAUUAUCGAAGCCCAGAAGGAAAACGUUCAAUCACUUCCCGGUGGGAGAUCAGCCCGAGAGCUCGCCCGGAUUUUCUCAGGCGGGAGCAAUACCAGCGACAAAUACGCAUCGCCAACACCAAACGACACAAGAACCUUGAACGAUGCCAUUCGUCAAGAAUACGAAGGCGAGUUGCAAGUAAUUGCAGAGUCUGAUGACCCCCUCGAUGUUUACGACCGUUAUGUCAAAUGGACCCUCAACGCAUACCCCUCCGCCCAAGCGACCCCCGAGUCCGGUCUGCUUCCCUUACUCGAACGCGCGACGAAAUCAUUCCUCUCGUCAGCGGACUACAAGAACGACCCACGGUAUCUGCGAUUGUGGCUACACUACAUUAGGUUGUUCUCUGAUGCACCAAGAGAGACAUUCGCAUUCCUCUCCCGUCAUCAUAUCGGUGAAGGCUUGGCACUUUUUUAUGAAGAAUUUGCAGCCUGGUUGGAAGGUGCGGGCCGUUGGAAGCAGGCCGACGAAGUUUACAGGCUAGGUGUAGACCGUGAGGCUCGGCCAGUUGAGCGAUUGUUGAGAAAAUACAGCGAAUUCCAGCAACGAUAUGAGAGCCAGCCACAGGAUGCUGGGCCAUCAUCACCAGCCCUACCAAAAGUCCGACCUGCACUUGCUGCGAAAAUGGACCCCUUUGCACCCGCUGAUGGUUCUCCGGAUCCCCAGGCUGCACGCCCCUCUCCUUCAUCCACCAGUGCGCCGAAAACCAAGUCUGGAAAGCCUAAGAUGGCUAUUUUCUCGGAUGCUGGUGCAAGUGCUGAUAGCCAACCAGCGGCGAGCGGACGGACGAAGGGAUGGGACAACAUUGGAUCAAUGGAGGAGCGCAAGAAGGAAAACAGAGUGGAGGCAAAGCCGUGGGCUGGGGAGACUUUGAAGGCAGGAAAGAAGGCAGCGCCUACACAAAAGAUGGCCAUCUUCCGGGACGAGUCAAAUCCAAAUCAACAUCAAGAAACCCAAGAACCCCAAGAAAAGAGUGCUUCCAAGCACGUUCCAGAACAUCAUGUAAGGGAAGCGGUAAACCCACGGACAGGUCGUCGGGAGCGGGUUUUUGUCGAUUUGGAGGCAGUGUAUCCUGACCGCCAGAACCCUGCGCAUGAGAUUAGCUUCGAGGAGCUUCGAGCGAUGCAACGGGGAUGGAUGAGUAAGAAUUGGCGGGCCCAGAAGGAGCCCCUUCAGCAAAUUUCCGGAAAUGUUGGAGGUUUUGACUCUCCACUUUCAAAGUCAAAGGCAGCCAGUCCCGAUGAGGGUCUACUAGAGUCGGAUUUGAGAGCGGAAAAUGAUGAUCACCAUAACGCUCAGGAGCAGAAUGCAUCUUCCGAUGGCAGACCUGGGAAAGCACGACGUUUCAAGGUCAAAGGAGAAACCCAGACCCAGACCAUAAAAAUGAAGUUCGACUCACCCCCCAACUCUAAGGUUCGACGGAAAAGUACCAGGGAGCCGACAAUGACCAUGCACACCCGCGCCGCCACCGAUGAGAUUUACGAUCUAUUCAACCAACCAUUGAAAGCGGAAGCAGAGGAGGAUGCAGAGGAUAGCGUAUUCGGCAGCGACUAUGAAGAUGAUGACCUUAUCAGCAACGCUGAUAGCACAGUUACUGGACACUUGUCAGCCGCCUCGAGUGAUUUUGGCAACGAGGAAACACAAACCUUCCACAAGUCGUACGAUGAUACUGAGUAUGCAGACACCACAAGAGCUGAGAGCGUCGGCGAUGGUGAUGGUGAUUGGACUAGGUUCAGUGUCAGCAAGGAUAUUCCUGGGCACGAAUCCGGUGAUAUCACAUCUCAAUCAGUCUACAGCGAAGGAGUGGUGGAUGAAUCCAACCUAGGAACUCCGGAAAGAGAUCAUUUUGUUCCCCGAAUGCCCGACGACUAUGCUCCGCCAUUUGGCACGUAUAGGGACCCUGCCGUUAUGGCGCAGAAUCGUCUGCCAUUCAUGACGCCCAUCGUGGAACGGACCGAAUGUUCGAUACCCUCGCAAACGGUUGCUCGGGAGGCCUUAUACAAUGCCAAAACGCCUUCGAAGCCUCGAUCUCCAGCCGGCAUGCCUCAGAUGGGCGAUCUCCUUCUUUCUAGCCCAGUAGGAGCGCCAACACCAUACCAUGGAGACCACACCUUCACAUCUGCAGCUGAUGUCCCUUUCAGUCCGACUGCAUUCAAGGCACUUGCCCCGAAGUUUCGUCGGCGAGGAGAUGCUGUCAUCAGGGAGACUCAGUGCAAUCCGACAGAUAAGGGUAUACGAAACACCAUUCUGAAUUCUUUGGACCCGCCUCUUGCGGCUUAUGCCGGAUACCAUGGACACGUCAAAGAUAGUAACUAUGCCUCUAUGAUUCAAAAGUUCGUCAAGACACAUAUUAGACGCUCCAAGGGGCUGAAUGAGGAUUUUGAUACCCCUAUUCUGGAGUUUCCCGGAGCUGAGCGAAGCUACAUUGUUCGACGUGAGCUUGGAGCCGGUGCCUACGCUCCAGUCUACUUGGCAGAGAGUGUAGACAGUCUUGACUCCUACGACUCUGACUCGGAUGACGAGAACCUGACUUCUAGCAAUCAGAAUUCCCGUUCCAAGACACCCAGCCCUUAUCAAACUCCUCGGUACUCAUUUGAGGCGAUCAAGGUCGAGAAUGGACCGUCUAGUGCUUGGGAAUUUUAUAUGAUCCGAACUGCGCAUGACCGCCUGCAGCACUCUGCUGAUCACUCUCGGGCUGCAGAAAGCAUCGUGCGGGCGCAUGAACUGCACGUGCACCAGCGCGAAAGUUUCCUCGUGGAGGACUAUCGAGGUCAAGGCACAUUGCUAGACUUGGUCAACAUACUUCGCAAUGAUCCCAUAACUUCCAACCACCACAGCGAAGGUGGACUCGAAGAAUCUCUUGCUAUGUUCUUCACUGUAGAGCUUCUGCGCACCGUUGAAGGACUCCACGCCCACGGAAUUCUCCACGGUGAUAUUAAAGCCGACAACUGCCUCGUUCGUCUCGACGACCCCAAUACUGAGAAUCUUCCAACCACUGCGAUGUCCCUUCUUGACUUGAACGAGAAGCCCUCUGAGGGCCGUGAUAGUGUCCACUACUCACCAGGUGGCCAUUACGGUUGGCGAAGCAAGGGCCUGGAUCUCAUUGACUUUGGCCGAAGCAUUGACAUGUACGCCUUUCAACCAUCCGUGCAGUUCAUUGCGGAUUGGAAGGUUGGCACGCACGAGUGCAAUGAGAUUCGUGAAGCGCGGCCAUGGACUCAUCAGAUCGAUCUUUACGGGAUCGCUGGUACGAUUCACGUCUUGCUCUUCGGCAAGCAUAUCGAGUCCAUGCCUGCCCGCACCAGUACUGGCGACGCCUCUGCCACUCACACGUACCGUAUUCGCGAGUCAUUGAAGCGAUACUGGGACCGUGAAUUGUGGGCCGAGGUGUUUGAUCUACUUCUUAACCCUGGAGCUGAGCGGUGGGCACAUAUGGAAUGUGAAGGCGGCAGUGAUGCCACUCCGUCAUCCGUUCUUCCUGUGCUCCAGUCCAUGCGCCAUGUGCGUCGCAACAUGGAAGACUGGCUCGUCGCAAAUGCGGAAAAGAAGGGGCUUGCCCUGCAGCUCCGCAAGAUCGAGGCGUUACUAGCUGAGCGGAAGAAAAAGCUUGAACGGUCCUGA